GGGGGGGGGUCAAAAAUCGUCCAAAAUCGCGUGACGUCAUUUAUGUACGGCUCCAAAGGGAAAAUCCCGCAACAUCCGGCGCGUCAAGAGUGCCGCCCGUGCAGUUGUGGUCAAAUUGCCGCGUUCCCUAAGUUCGCUGGGUCUGGGAACGGCGCCUGGCACGUGAAGAAGAAGCAGCAGCGGGCAUCUUGGCCUCCGUUUUUUCCCAUUCUGACACCGCGGCUCCAAACAUCAUCGUCGACAACAACAGCAUCGUUAACAUCCACAACAACAACAUCAGGUACGGAAAGUAACAACAUCAUCGGCUAACAGCAGCGGCGUACAACGGCGAUAUUCAACCAGUAUCAUCGAUUCUAGAUUUGAAGCUUUCGUGACUGCAAGGAUUCAUAUUCACGUAGGUAAAACAUUAAAAAAGUAAAAUAAAAUAACCGUACAAAAUUGAUUUAACUACACUUAUUUGCCAAUCUUAUUUGACAGAUAACUAUUACAGUUUUACCAUGUUUAGUGGUUGUCUCCCUGUCACAGGUUGAUUCACAAACCGCACCUCUCCAUAACAAAAGCUCACCCUCUUAAGCCUCACCUUACCAUAUUAAUAAAAAGUAUGCGGUCCUUGCGCUACCACCUUCUCCAACCAUUAUAUAAACGUAGUGGUAGCUCCUGUAAUCUCUCAUUUACUUGAUGCAGCUGUCGUGGCUGUGACGGUCCCACCUGAAGACGGAGGCUUGUGUUGCCUCCGAAACGUCGUGAUUUUUAUUUCAUUUUACUUUUUUAAUGUUUACGUACGUGACUUUACCGAAAAAACCUAAGAAUACAGUAUCAUCGACAUCGUCGGCUGCAGAACGCAAGCAUCAAAACCCCACCAGAAUGGCGUGCGCGGUGGCCACCCCGGUGCUGGAGCUGAGCGGGAACUUCCCGGCAUGGCUGGAGGCGCAGGGCGUGAACACGGAGGUGGCCCGGGCCAUGGACUCGGAGCUGGGCAUCCGGGACUACGGGGUCCUGUGUGCCUGCGUCGACGACGGCCUCGUGCGGGCCGAGCUGCUGGCCACGGCGCGCGACCGUCUGCCCUUCGGCUUCUACGCCGUGCUGCGGCAGGUGGUGAAGGCCCUGCAGGGCGCCGAGCAACACGACGACGGGACGCCGCGCUGGGACGAUGCCACCGCCGCCGUCACGUCCUCCCCUCGCGACGUGACGCUGGGAGGCCUGGUGGACGUGCUGCUCGCACUGUUCAGUGGCUUGAGCCGGGAGCUGCUGCUGUCCGUGCGGAGGCUAGGAACUAUGGACAAUGUCGGAGCUGUCGAUGUGGAUUCGCAUUUGAUUUCUCCUGAGGACAAUGUGGUUGACGAUACAGAUGAAGAUGCGGCUCAUGAUGAGGCUGGGGGGAAUGCAGACUGGCAGAGAGAAGUCAUCAGCCCAAGGCAGACAUUACAAAUGAUUAAAGAAGAGGCAAGUGCAGAUUACGAUGGAGAGAGGCCAACAUCAAGCGCGGAGGAUUCGGACCCCAUCACGGUGCUACGUCAUUUAAAGACGGAGCCCUUUGAUGGUAGAGCUGGAUUAUCUUCACUGACCACACAUUCUAUAAAAAAUAUUAUUUUACCAGGUAAAAAUACUAUUGAAGAUUUUCCAAGAUUCGUCCAUCAAGAGGAGACCUCGUUUCAAGGGCUGGGAAUAUGUGUGGAAAACUCCACCAAGAUUGGCACUCACCCACAAGUGAAUCAGCAGCAGCGAAUGGACAACGAAACGCAAGACAACACCGACGUAUUUGACAGGUCUCACAGCACCAAGUGUUCAACUGAGGCGUUCAGCGGCCAUUGCUCCGAGGAAGAGAUGCCGAACAGAAACGCUUUUCUGCCAAGCGACGAGCAAGGUUUUGCCUUUGAAAAUCACGAACCAUUUGAUUUCCAGUCCUGCGCGCAGUGGCCCACAACGUCCGGUUCCCUGAACAAGGGAGUAGACGUGGCAGCGGUGAAGAAGCCUUACCAGUGCGCAGUAUGCGAAAAGCGUUUUGCGCAGAACUGCCUUCUCAAGUACCACCAGCGGAUGCACACAGGCGAGAAACCAUUCCGCUGCAAGAUGUGCGACCAUUCCUUCACCCAGUCGUCCCACCUGAAGGCACACCAGCGCACGCACACGGGCGAGAAGCCCUACCAAUGCAGUCUGUGCAGUCAGAGUUUCUCGCGCAGUCGCAAUUUGAAAGCCCACCAGCAUACGCACACGGGCAAGAAGCCGUACAAGUGCGAGCUGUGCAGCAAAAGCUUCCUGCGCAGCGAUAGCCUAAAGACCCACCAGCGCAAACACACGGGAGAGAAGCCAUACAAGUGCACGGUGUGCAACCAGACCUUCGUGAAAAAUUACCACCUGAAGGUCCACGAGUGCAUGCACACGGGCGAGAAGUCAUUCAAGUGCAACUUGUGCAGUAAGAGUUUUUUGCGUAGCGAUAGUCUGAAGUCCCACCAGCAUACACACGCACGGGCGAGAAGCCCUACAAGCGCAGGGUGGGCGAUUAGAGCUUCCCGUAGCCAAAGUCUUAACAUCCACCAGUUCAUGCACGCCGUGGGGACAAGUUAUGAUGCAAGGCGCCCACUCAAACCUUCUUGCACGGUACAGUUUUAAACACCUGUAAUUAGAUGAGCGCCAUCCAGUGGGUGCCAGAGGAUAACUGGGUACAGGCACUUAGGUAAUCGCCAUCCAGUCCUAAGAGGGAAUGACAUCUGGGCCAAAGGUGACGGGCAGAGUCGAGAGAGAUGCUUCGGGAACCAUCGGGAAGGUUCCACGAGGGGGCAUGGAUAGAGGCGGAGCCUUGCUCCGCCAGGGGAAAAUAUAAGCAGGGGAGAACUCGGUCGGUGUGGGGAGCCUGCGGUCCGGACUGCGUCGCUGCUUGUCAUCUCCUCUUCGCCACCGACCAUGUGCCGGGUUCUCCAGUGAAGCUUGCCUCUUCUCUUCGGCACGCCGCCAGCGAGACCGGGGGAGCGCAGCGAACCUCGCUGGUGAACCGGAGAGAGACGCCUCGUCCAUGGUGUUGUUAUUAUAUAAUUACAAUACCCUCCCCCUCCUUGCCUCGAAUCACUGUACCAGAUUGAAUUGAAUUAAAUGAUGACGUCACCAUGAUGCUGCUCUAUUUAAGACCGGAAGCAACAGGAGAGCUUCACUAUUCUUGCCCGAUGAAGCUGAUUGUAAUUAUCAACGAAACGUCGUACUCAAAUUUUUAAAUGCUGUUGAUUCUCUCUUCAGCACACCGGUGGGCUAAAGAAGUCAAUUAAUUUGUCCUUUGAAAACGUGACGCAUUUUUUUACUGUUUGGCCGUGUCGGGUGGUGGAGGGUUACGACACAUUUAUAAAUAACGCGAUCUGACCCAAAAACCUAUAUUAUGAAGGGAAAUUACCUGGAGAGGGAAGAAGAGAACCGUUGCAGUGCUACAGUUAAUAAAGAAGCACUCUUUUCACAAUCGUCGUGGAAGUCGUUUAUUACACACCUAACAGCCCGCACCGUAUGUCACGGACUCGCACAAGCGGUUUAAACGAAGGAGCGAAUGGAUGUAAGACCAACGUAGCAUUCGUGAAGGAUGUCGGGCUAAUUGUACUGCAGAAUAGUUAAACCGAAGACCAUUUGAUUCACAAGCGAAUGCGGAAAGUGGGCAAAUGCGGGCCUCGUUGAGCUGGAUUGGAGACUUAACGCUUGGUUACUGUUCUAAAGUAUUUUUAAGUUUUUGCGUUUUAUUCUGAUUUGUGUACACACUUAUUCUGUUGGCAUCAUGUCACGGGGUGAUAAUAUUCCACUUGGAACUCGUGCAGCUGUCGGCGCACCAACUUAUAGAACGGGACCGAGAAGAUGACAUUUGUCCACACAAGGGUUACUUUUUAUAAGCAGAGUAUAUUCAUCGCAUGACAAACCAAAUAGUUUUCGUUUACACCAUUGGAACCUCCUUUGCCAGUCGCAAAAUAUGUUGUUUUUUUACCCUUUUAUCUGGCACCAAAACUGACACCUUUUUACAAGGAUGUCAUGUUUGCAUUGACCACAAUACCUGCAGUCGGAAUGCAAACAAAAAACACAACUCUGAUAAUGUAUGCACUGUCCUUGAAAUUGAUUGGUCCACACCCGAGACAGCUUUUCUUAGAGCCUAGUCUCACAUUGUGUUGGACCAGAUGACACCAAAAGUGUGCCUUUUGAGAGCUGGAAUAUGCUGCAAUGCUGAAAAUGUAAUAAAUUGGGUAUUUUUCAGUCAACGGUGACCGACCUGAAUCCAUCCACCUGCUACACUUGAGAACCCAGUUUUAGUCACAGGCUCGUGUGGCUAUUGCCCGACUUUCACACCCAGGGUCUGAGCAGUGCUGAUUCGGUGCUUCCGACAGUUAACGAGUCCCUUUGAGCCACCUGGCCAACCUCUGCGUGUCAUGUGCUCAUGGCGGCGGUAUUGUACACCAGCAGACACUGAACACGCUGUUGGUGAUGCUGAUAUUGAAAGUUGUCCGACGGCUACAGGUUCCCGUUUGCACAUGCAGCCGGUGUGAGCUCACCUGUAAUUUAAUCACGAAUAAUUGCGCUGCUGCUAAUAGCACGGGGUCGCUAGGUGCGUUUUAUCAUUAAAGUGAAUGCAAUGGUGAUCAGGGAUUGCAUCCAAAGCCCUACGUUCACUGUGUACGACACUGCCACGCUAGGAUUUGGGCUAAUUUCGGACUGAGAAAUUGAGCUGCGGUGUUUGUGGGGAGUGGUGUUUCUGAUCGCCAUUGCAGAGAGCACAACUGCCCUUCUGAGGAACGCUUUGAAAUAAAGUUUCACCUUUUCACAAAUCCCACCCGGGUGCUCAGCUCAUACCUGUCAACCCCUCAUCAGUGCCUACCUUAUUGCAAGACCAAUUCAGACAUUAUUGGUCACACAGUACUCCUUAAAAAUCUCAACGUUCAUUCUAUGAAGUCCCAUCACAACGAAGAAACACAAAUGGUCAAAAAAGUGUCCGGAUUGAAACGGUUGUAUGCCAUAUGGACAUGAAAACUCAUUUAUUGUACAAAAAUACGGGUAACCCGUAUGGGUUGACAGGUAUGUCAGCUUUUUUCGAUUUAAAGCUUUCGUGACUGCAGGGAUUCAUCUUCUUGGUUAUUUCGGUAAUGUCACGUA